AGUCCAGCAAGGAGAAUCUGAUCUCCUCCUACCCUAGCCUUCUUGCCUGGAGUUUGGAGACUUUUCCCGGGAGACCCUCCCAGGAGGAGGAUGGGCGGCAGAGGCAGCAAAUUAAACUGCUACAAAUCCCCCAACAAGAGGCACCAAGAGGAAGGGCAGCUACAAAGACCUGAGCCCAUAGAGCUUGGGCCCCUGCAAGAAAGCAAAGACCCAAAUACCCAUCUCUUUCAUGAUGAGCAGCAACAACUGGACGUGGUCCACGUUCUCCAGAAGCAUCAAGAAGAGUCAAAGAAGCUGAGGCCAAAGCAUCAGACCAGGGAAGUGGAAAUCCAGGUGGUGGAUGAACAGGAAUUAGAACUUCGUGAAAAACUUGCUGAGCAACUCCAAGUGCUGCAAAGGGAGCAUGAAGAGACCUUGCAAGCACUUCAAGCCUCACAUGAAAAGGAGAAGGUGACCCUCAUGGAUGCCUUCCAGGCGGCCAAGGCAACCUUACAGGAGACCAUAGAAGGACUAACUUCUCAGCUGGAGGUCUUCCAGGCCAAGAUAAAGAGGGUAGAAGAAUCUAUCCUGAACAGAGAUUACAAGAAGCAUAUCCAGGACUAUGGAAGCCCUAGCCAAUUUUGGGAGCAGGAGCUGGAAAGUCUGCACUUUGUCAUUGAAAUGAAGAAUGAACGUAUCCAUGAAUUGGACCGAAGGCUGAUCCAAAUGGAAAUAGUGAAAGAGAAAAACCUGUCAUUAGAAGAGAAAAUUACAAUGCUGCAGCAAGAAAACGAGGACCUUCAGGUUCAGGGACGCAACCAUCAAAGGGUAUCAAGGCAACUCUCAGAGGAUCUUUUUCUUGUUCGCGAGGCCCUGGAGAAGGAGUCACAGCUCCGUCAACAGAUCCAACAGGAGAAAGAAGAGCUAUUAUAUCGGCUUGUCACCAGCGAUUCCCCAGCAGCCUUUCCACUUACCUCUUCUAAAGUGUCAUACCUUGCUACGUAGGCCUAGGCACUCCAGCCAUGGGGACAAUUGUGGAGCACCAGUGGCAGAAGGGAAACAGAAGACCUCCCUUCCCCAGGCCAUUGGCCCUUCUAGCUGCUAUCAUGGACUGUUCUCUGCCAUUUUGGCAGCCCGGGACUUCCCCUGAAUCCAGACUAAGCCUUUCCUGAUGGACAAGAGACAGGAAGGGGAACCUUUCUUUAGAGGUGUCUUGUGUAAGGGAAAGAGCACUGAGCUGCGACUUCUCUGGAUCCCUGUCCUGGUUAGGUCCCAGAGUCAUUGUGUGACCUUCAGCAAGUUACUACCCUUCUCUUAGUCUCAAAUUUCCCCCCUGUAAAAUAAAGGGGUUAGACUCAAGGAUAGUCAAGGACUUGUCCACUUGUGGCAUUCUACAAGUCUUUUGUCACUAGGAUAAAAAGGGGGAUUGGGGCUUAUUUUCUAAUCCUUGUAGGUUAAAGGCUACUCUUUUCUUUGCUCUUUGACCUUAUAAGCAGAUAUGUUCUAUCUUUUUUCACCUAUCAUGAUCCCCUCCCUCAGGGGCAAACAGGGGACCAAGGGGAACAAAGGUAGUAGUGAGAACAGGCCUUCUGAAUCUCAGAGGUUAGACUCAGAGCAAGCCUGUUGUUUUAGGGUUCAGGCUACUAUUAUUCCUUCCCUCCUUGUGGGACAAGAUCCUCAGUAGCCCCCAUCGUUGCCUUAUAGUCAGGUUGAUCAUACCCAACAUAUCUUCUCAACAAACCCUCCACCCCAACUUCUUUUUUCCAGCCAUGUAGAUUUAAUAUUGAGGAAGUGAGCUAGAACUCAGAUCCUAGGUCAUUUCUGUUUAUUUGGGCCUUUAAAAGAUGCAGAACCCCCUGGAUUAGGGAAGUCCUCCUGCCAGGCUACUCAGUCUUCAGUUAUCAAAUUACCUUUCCUUAAUCCUCCUUAGCUGAAUUGAUACAGGUCCAAAAAGCAAAAUUAAAGUUACAAGUGUGAGAGAAAGUGAAGGAGAUCCAACUCCUUUUCUGACCCACCCCUCCCCGCUACUUCAACCUUGCCAUUUCCUGGGCUCCUGCUCCUUCUCUACACUCCAGGCUAAACUAAGUGACUGGCAAAGAGGAAAUUCCAGGCUAUCACUUGGAAGUUAGCACUUUCAUGGCAGCUGGAGAUUUCUUUUCCUUCAAAGCCGAAGAAAACUGGGACCUUCUUUACUGGUUCCUCUUCUCUUUGACUGGUCUUCCUUUCCAGCUCGUAAGGUCAAGAGGACCUAGCACUAUCUCUGCCAUUCACUCACUGGGUGAUUUGGGGCAGACAGCUUAGACUCCAUCAGAACUGAUGGUCUCCAAAGGGAGAAGGGGCUUGCCCAAGACUGAAGAGGGAGUGAGUGGCUCAGUUGAGAAAUAGAAUCCAGGUGUCCUGCCUCUUAGUGCUCUUUCCACUACAUUGACUCUUUCUUUCCCCAUCUCUAAAAGGAGGGGAUUGGACUCAAGCUCUAAUGCCCCCUUUAGCUGAAAUUUUAUGACUUUAUAUAAUCAUUAAUUAACAUAGAUGGUCUUCCAAGCCCUUUCCACAUCUAGCCUCCUUGGAGUCUAUAAUGCUGUGAUCCUCUCCUCUACAGACCCACAGUGUUACCCAGGCUAAGUCCAGGUCCUAGAGAAAAGAUGGGGGACACUCAAGCACUUUGAAAGGGGAGUGCCUUGAAAAGGGGCCACGGCUGUGAGCCAUAGCCCCAGAUCCUGAUCUGAAACCUGCACUUCCCUUCAAGUAGCACUCCUAUGUGUGUGAGUGUGUGUGAGUGUGUGUGUGUGUGCGCGCGUGUGAAGGUGUGUGUGCAGGUGUGUGUGCAUGCAGGCAAAUCACUAUGUGUAGUAAAGCCUACAUGCACAGAGCCAUAGAUGCAAGCCAAAGUUUUGAAAUAAAAAAGAUUGUGUAGCUGUC